AUGCAACGCAUCCGAUUGUACGACCAGCACGGCAAUAACAUCGGUGAGGUUGACGGGCUGCUGGUGUAUUCUGUGACUGGAAGUGAUGACAAGAUAUGUGUGGCGGUGGAGGCCAAGAGCAACAUGACACCGCAAGAAUUUAGCAAGGUCCACGCCAACAUCCGGUACCUUAAGAGUGCCAUCGCGACGGGCAUGGAUGCACGUGGAGCUUACAAGUACAAAAAGUUGUGUCACUCCCUCGUCACUCUGAAGGAUGCCCAGCUGUUCGUGGCUGUGGGGGCACCAGUUGUGCCUGCCGAAAUCGCAUCUUCGGCUGCCGACCUUGGGUACCUGGUGGUGGAGGGUAUUAGGGAUGGGCAUUAUAAGGCUUUAGGGCCCUCACAGGAGCAAUGGGCAAGUGAAAUGGAGGCAACUGUCAUCCAAUUGACAGGGAAAUUUCAACACCGCACCCGGGUGCCACGCGCGUUGCGCUCUGGCUUUGCGCGAGCAACCGCUGUUCACCAUGGCUUUCUUGGCCACGGGCUGGUGCACGGGGCCUCCGACCGUCGCGCUUACCAGCAUUCCGAAACAGAACGCAACGCGCCGAUGUCGAUACAACAUCAGCUUCCCCAAAGCCAGUACUCCAGCAGCUCCGAUCCCUCCAUCCACAGCUUCGGUUUCAACCCGCCUGCUCACAUGCCGAACGAGUGGAUGAGCGACUCGCACACACGCCCCGCGAACAGUAGCCUGGCCGCACAUGGCUGCUACCGGGUAGUGGGCCCUGCCCGCAUCAGCAAGCGAGGCGACACGCUGGUGGCCCACCUAUUUCGAGGCUCCCGAGUGGAACUGCUUGACAGACACGGCAACCCCACGUCUUACGGGUCCUUGGAGUCCCUGAGUGAAGACGCUGACGUGGCAGCAACUUCAAGUGGGGAGAGCUUCUCUGGCGGCAGCGCCCUCGGAAGUCAAGCGGACAAGGAGGCCUGCGUGGCGGAGUGUGUGCUGGUGGGCGCUCACGUGGAGCUGUGUGGGAGCGCCUGCAGUGUCGACCUGGUUGACCUGUCCGUGCAACCUGCCGUACACCACCGCAACGGCCAUACGUACCUCUCAGUGCGCCACCUGCCGCCAGAGGCGGUCAUUGAGCUGGAUGCGGAUUCAGACCUGCGACACCCGAUCAACAUUACCCCGGUGCUUAUUGAGGUGCAGCAGCAGCACCACCACUACCGCAUGACCACAAACCCGCUGUGAGGUACGAUGUGGGCUUCCAGUUUUUUUCAUUUACGUUUAUGACGCCUCCCUCCGUGCACCGUUCACGAGGCGUUUGACGGAGUGAAGGAGGCAAAUAUGAUUGAUGCCUCCUUGACACUGCCUUCGUUGCUUGCAUGUCGCGCGUGACGUGUCUCCGUUUCAGGCGCACUUUGCAAAAUCGACAUCAAUCUUGGCCUUUCGGCUACAAGAGCGUGAUAGUCCCCGAUGCGCUUUUAUGAGAGCUAUCUACCUGGCAGCGCCACACCCUAGGUAC